CUGAGCAGCUAAGUGCGCUAAAAUUCUGGGAAAUGACAUGGAGCAGCGGUUCAGUGCCAAAGGAAAAAUCAAUGCUGCUUGUUCUUCUAAGUGGGUGGAGAAAUCCCACUUGUCACCGUCUGUAUCUCAUGAGCCCGCAGCUGCAGCGCGGUGCAUUGCUGCCGAGCACCUUCCCAGGAAGGACUCCUGCCUGUGAUGGGUGUCCCUGGGUCCCACACAAUGCGUAUGAAUGCCUGCUGUGCCUUUGAGGACAAAAUGACAACAGGUAUUGAAACUAACUUCUUCUAAAUGCUGUUUGCCAGGUGUCUGGAGCCACCCACCCACGCCCUAGCAGGUGACCUUCAAGAUGCCAAGGCUGACACCUUUGACUUUCCCUUCCCUUCAAGAAAUGUUGAUAAAGUAAUUAAACGAAAGAAGAAAAAGUCUGAAGUCUGGCUUAAGGUCUGGAAAGUAAUUUCAAAAAUGCUUGAAGAAAAUGAAAAGUUCCGAAGUCGACUCUUGACUUGCAAUCAGUUUAAUAGAGAAGGCAAUGCUAUGAACCAAAGUUCACAGAAUGAGGCAUCCUACCUGGACAGGGAGGAGACCAUCUUUGGCUGGGUAUAGCAAGAAAAUAAAGGAAGAUUCAAUUCAAAAGUAAAUAUAAUGUAGUGAAAGUUUUUAAGUUUUUUGUUUGAUCUAGUUCUUACUGAAGUCAGUGGCAAGGCUGUAAGUGAUUUCUGUGAACACAGGUUCUCUGUUCUUUGUUUGUUGUAUGUGGAUCUACUGAUUAAGAGGUUUGUUUUUACAGUGUCUUAAACAGCUCUGUUGCGAGAUAUUUAUUUCAAGUCAUUAAGUCUAGUGUUUCACUUAGCUAUUAGUUUUCAAAAGCUUUUUAACGAGCAUAAUAUUGUGACAGUUUGCUUGCGAAAUAAUAGAGAUACACAUUUAGGGUUGACUCUGUAUUUAUAUCUAUUAUUUUGUAGCUUGUCAGAACCAUAAACAAACACAAAUUCAGUAAGGCAGAACUCCACACAAGAUACAAAGAAACAAUUUUUUUUCUUACUGAUUUGAAUAAAUUUGACUUUAUUAUGUUAAAAUAAUACACAAUUAUCCUUCUGUUCAUUCAUCCAUUUAUACAUGAAUCUCAGCAAGUAUUUUGAAUAUGAAACCAGGUGAAUGUUUUCUGUCUUACUGUUCAUUGUGAAGCACACAAUGAUAUCAUCAUAAUCAGACAGUAUUGUUUAUGUAACUGACUUCAAUAACACAAUAUAGUUUUCUUCUGUUACACAGUUUCGUACUUGAACUCUUGAUUGACUGUUAAACCUUUUAAACUAGCAAAUUGUGUAAAUGGAAUAUGAAGACUGCAUAAAAAUAGUAUGUAUGUGGAUUUCCUCUCUGUAGAUAAAGCAUUCACCUGUCAAAAUUAGACAUCCUUGGUUUCAAUAAAAGGAUUGUUUUCUCAUUGCAUAAUGUUUGCAGAUAUAAUGACUGGAAUGUCAUGAGUGCUGAGC